AUGUCCCCGCUGGAAGGAACACCUCCAGCUGCAACUCCAGACUCGGAGCUCCCGCCGCCGCCGUUCUCCACACUGCCUCCCUCCGUCACUCUCACCACAAGUCCUUCGCUAGAACCCAUAGAGUCCACUCCUCUGGCUCCCCGCUCCUCAAACCCCCGCGUCCGCCAGCUUGCCGCACUCUCCACCUCCAACCUCCGUCACGCCUCGCCCGCCGCGGACAGCCACCUCCUCUCCCCCGCCACACCACUAACCAGCACGUCGACCGUCUUCAGUCCGGCUUCCGCUGUCAGUGGUAUCAGUUUUGGAGAAGGAGCGCCGGCGAGCAAACCCGUGCCGUUCCCGGCUAGCGUGAGGAGGCUGCGGACGUUUGCGGUGACGCUUAUGGCGGCUAUGUUUCUCACUGCCAGUGCGGUCAAUGUUCACCGGUAUCUCGAGCAGACACCUCUGAUAAAGUCCACUGUCAGAAGGACAACCUUAGACCUCCCGCAUAUCAUCUUUUGCCUCAAUCCAGCGCACUACAAGUCCCAAUGUGCGACAUCCUCCGCCUUCGGCGACGCCGAAGCCGUUUGCAUAGGCGAGAUUGUCCCGCAGGACCAGAACGAAGUGCGCACGGUGGAUCUCACCCACCACGUAUAUCCCAUCAGCUUACCAUCUCAAGCGGCCUGGCAAUCAUGGAAACUGCCCGAAGACGCCAAUGUGCCCUGCCACCGCUUCGCACCUGAUCCGGCGCUGCAAUUCACGGCGUACUCGAAUACCAGCGACCCGAACUUCAGCACAAGCAUCGCCAGCGUGAAUUGCGGAUACCAUUACCGCAACGACUCGGGGCGCAUAUGCGAGGGUGGAAAAGAGUGGCCUUUCCGCAGCGAUAGGAUGCAUACCGCCAUUUUCCCCUCCAACGCGGACGAAUUCCAUCUCUCGGCCCUCCCCGCCGCGGUCAUCUAUAACAACACGCUGGACGUGUAUCUCACGUACGGAUUUGACCAGAAGUUGCGCGAGGAUGAGCAGGUCAAGAUUGGAUGGACGCUCGGUCAGUCUCUUUCUUUCUACUAUUCACCGGCGCUCAGGAACUACGAUCAGGCCGCCAGGAAGGCGACCGGGCGGACGUCCAGCAUCUACCUCCGCGUCUCCCUCAUCAACGAACUAACCCAGCUCGGCAUCCCCAACUUCUACGACGCCGUCGUCAACCGAGAAGAGCAAUCCUACACCCCGAUCGACAUCUUCGUGGCAAUGGGCGGAGUCCUCUCCUUCCUCACCACCCUCUUCAUCUUCCUCUUCGGAUCGCGCCGCCUCCAGCCGUUCGGAUUCAUCCACGCGGCGUUUGGGAGGCAGAUGAAGGUGUAUCUACACAGCAAGUAUGGCGAGUUCACUACGUUGGCGGAUGUUGCGGUGCCGAGAGCCAGGAGACGGAGGGGGAAGCAAGGGAGGACUGUGGUGGCGGCUGCGGGUGACACGCGAGACGUGAAGGGUGUCACAACGCACACCGUCACCACCUCCGCCAAACCAGCCGCCCCACCACCCACCCCGACACCCAGCCUCCUCUCCCCACCACCACCCCUCUCCGCAGCCAGCUCGGCGUUCCCGUACACACCCACCACAACGGCGUCGGGAGCAGCGGCGGCUGAGCAGAGGCAUCUGAGGGCGCUGGAGAAUUUUUUGAUGGAGUUUUAUGUCGAUACGGAGAUCAGUGUGCCGGUGUUGGGGAAGUUUGCAAGGGGCGGUGCGCGGGAGGCGGAGGAGGAGGGGGAGGGCGAAGGGGGUGCAAACGGCAUCUGA